AGUACAGUAGACAAAUUUGAGCCGUCGAAUCGAACAAACCUCUCUGGAAAGCGCGUCGCCCGCUGACCGACAGUUCGCCAGUUCGUCAGUCUGCAUAGUCCACACUAGGUGGUGGUGGUGGUGCUCCGUAAAGCCCAUGUCCGCGUAAUAUUACAUACCAAGUCGGGGGGUUAAGUUACUACGUUACGUUUAUUCCAGGUACUGCUUGAUCAAAUGGUGUUCUAGUGUUACGAAAUCGUGCUGUUUCUCUAUCACUUACGGUGCCGUGAAGUUUGUUAAGUGCUUAAGAUAAUAACUAUGUAUAUAUAUGUAUAAAUAUAUAAAAAUCAGUAUAUAAAUCGGUAUAGAUUAUAUAAUGCUAGAAAACCGGUUUGGUGACCUAAACAAAAUUUAAUUGAACGUGCCAAAUGAUAAUCGAAAAUUUAAUACAUAGCUGGAUUUAAUUGCGCUUGGAUAGAAAAUUGAACAGUUCUCCAAAUACAAAUACAACUACAAAUACAAUGCUUAAAUGAUCGAGCAACAACAGCAACAACACCAACAGAAACAGAAACAACAGCAACGGCAACUCAUCAAUUAAUUUAAUCAAAGCCCAUAACUCAAAUUUAGCGAACAAAUAAAAUUGCGAACGCAACAGCCCAAUAAAUAGAUCAAUAAAUAAAAUACAAUCAAAUAAUAUAAAACAUACACAAGAUACAGAAACUAUCAACACGAGACUGUCAUAAAAAGAGAGAGACAGUCAGACAGAGUGAGAGAAUUGCAAGCAGCUGUCGGGUGACAUCUGGCAACGCUGUCUGUUUCAAACUGUAACGGUUAUUGGCAGCAUUUUACUCACGCAAAAGCCAAACCGGAUAAAGCGAGAGAGAGGGAGACAGAGAGCGAACGAGAGUGAGGAAGAGCAGCUGCCAGGCGUAGCAGAGUGAAAGGGAGAGCACGAGCAGACCACAGCCAUGGGAAACUCGUCGUCACACACGCACGAACCACUGGAGCGCGGCUUCACACGCGGAAAAUUCGGCGAUGUUAAGAAUGGGAAAUCCGCCUCGUUUCGGUUUAGCAAGAAAUCGCCCAAAAAGAUGGAUCGACUACGGCGCUCGUUCCGCGACUCGUUCAGACGUCGCAAGGAUCGUGUGCCCGAAUCGUCGAAGCCGCAUCAGUGGCAGGCCGACGAGGAGGCCGUGCGCUCAGCCACCUGCUCGUUCUCGGUGAAGUACCUGGGCUGCGUGGAGGUGUUCGAGUCGCGCGGCAUGCAGGUCUGCGAGGAGGCACUCAAAGUGUUAAGGCAAUCGAGACGGCGGCCGGUGCGCGGCUUGCUUCAUGUGAGUGGAGAUGGUCUGCGCGUUGUGGACGACGAGACGAAGGGCCUCAUUGUGGACCAGACCAUCGAGAAGGUGAGCUUCUGUGCGCCGGAUCGGAAUCACGAGCGUGGCUUCAGCUACAUUUGCCGGGAUGGGACCACUCGGCGCUGGAUGUGCCACGGCUUUCUCGCUUGCAAGGACUCCGGCGAGAGGUUGUCGCAUGCUGUGGGCUGUGCCUUCGCCGUUUGCCUGGAGCGCAAGCAGCGGCGCGACAAGGAGUGCGGCGUGACAAUGACCUUUGACACUAAGAACUCGACCUUCACGCGCACCGGCUCCUUCCGACAGCAGACGCUGACCGAGCGGCUGGCCAUGGCCACGGUGGGCAGCAACGAGCGUAGCGCGGAUGGCCCAGCGCUGCCCGGCCCGCCAGCCGCCACGGUGAAGCCGUUCAAUCCGUUCGCCAUCGAGCGGCCACAUGCCACACCGAACAUGCUGGAGCGGCAGAGCUCCUUCCGGCUGAGCACCAUCGGCAGCCAGUCGCCCUUCAAGCGCCAGAUGUCGCUGCGUCUCAAUGAUCUUCCGUCCAAUGCGGAUAGGCAGAAGGCCUUCCUGGCCGCUGCCUCCGGCCACCCGAAUCCACACUCGCUGCACACUCCGCUGCGCAGUGUCUCACCCAUUGCGGAGGUGUCGCCGGCCAAGACGGCUGGCGGAGAUCCGGCCAUCGUGGCCGCCGACACGGUUAGCCAGCUGUGCCAGGAGCUCAGCCAGGGGCUCUCGCUGCUCACCCAGACGGACACACUGCUGGCGGCUGGGGAUGAUCUGAACUUCAAUAACAACCGCAGCAUCAAUCAGAACAUCAUUGCCGCCGAGAAGCAGCAGCAGGUAAUCUCGUACAGCACCAGUGGCAGCGGCAGCACCAGCGCCAGUGGCACGCCCACUGCUCAAGUGCCGCCUCGCGUGGUCGGCAUGGCGGUGCAGCCGGCUGUGCAGUCGCCGAAGCGCACCAGCUUCGAGCCGGUCGCCGAUGCAGUGGAGCUGCCCAAUGCCGAUCAGUGGCUGGGCCAGGUGGUGCGCACCACUUCGCCCGCUGUGCCACCCAAAAGGCCGAGCUACUUGGCGAACGUGGGACGGGCUCAGACCAUGUCGGCGAGUGCCUCAGUCGGUGGCGGUGGAUUAACCGAUACCGAUCCCUUUGACGCUGAGUGGGCGGCCAAUGUGGCAGCGGCCAAGAAGAUGUCACCGGAUCUGCCGGGACAAGCAACGGGAUCUGGCAUCACCAACAGCAGCAGCAGCACCGCCACCACCAACAGGCACAGCACGAAUCCGUUUAUCUCACCGCCGAAGGCGCCAGCGCAAUCGUUCCAGGUGCAGCUGUAGAAUGGUGCUUCCCAGACAGA